CCCCUCUAUUAUUGGCUCUUUCAUUCUCCACUCGCCUCCGUCCCUCCUCUCCUCUGGAUUUGGCGCUUCACUCACACACAUAGCUGCGCUGGGCUGAUAUUGCUCAAGAUAUUCUGUUUCAUUCUUCCACCACGACCGAGAAACGUCUCCUGAGGGGAAGAGGAGCACCUCUAGGAUUCCAGAAGGAAAAAAAAACAUAACAGCCACAGGUCUUCGGCUUCUGCAGGCAUGACUCAGAGCAACGGGGAGAACCCUCUUCCGAGGAACCGAGUGCAGCAGAUCAGGCAGGGCAUACAGAGCCGUUCAAUGAGGGCCAGGAAGAAAGUGCAAAAUAUCUCCAAGGAGGACAUGAAGGGCUUCUUUUUCAGAAAUGCCUUUGUCAUUCUCACCAUCGUUGCAGUCAUUAUUGGGAUCAUAUUGGGAUUUGGUCUGCGGCCUUAUAAGAUGUCGUACCGGGAGGUGAAAUAUUUCUCUUUUCCUGGCGAACUGCUCAUGCGUAUGCUGCAGAUGCUGGUGCUUCCCCUCCUUGUCUCCAGUUUAAUUACAGGGAUGGCUGCCCUAGAUGGCAGAGCGUCUGGCAGGAUGGGCCUUCGUGCAGUGGUCUACUACACGACCACCACCGUCAUCGCCGUUUUCAUCGGCAUCGUCAUGGUCCUCAUUAUCCAACCGGGCAAAGGUGGCAAGGACGAGUACGUCAAGACUCAAAAGAUCGAGCAAGUCAAGGCGGCCGACGCCUUUCUGGACCUUAUCAGAAACAUGUUCCCCCCGAAUAUUGUGCAAGCUUGCACACAACAGUUCAAGACCACGUAUGGGAAGAGAGUGGUGCAUAUCAAGGUCACGGUGAAUGACUCCAUUUUCAACCUGACCAACGGCUCUCAUGAGAUCACCAAGGAGGAGUUGAUCCCUGUCCUGGGGACGGUGAACGGGAUCAACGCCCUGGGCCUGGUGAUGUUCUCCAUGUGUUUUGGCCUCAUCAUUGGGAGCAUGAAGGAGCAGGGACAGCCUCUCAAAGACUUCUUUGACUGCCUCAACGAGGCCAUCAUGAGGCUGGUUGCCAUCAUCAUGUGGUAUGCUCCAGUGGGUAUCAUGUUCCUGAUUGCUGGGAAGAUUGUGGAGAUGGAUGACAUCACACAGAUGGGCAGUCAGCUGGCCAUGUACACGGUGACGGUCAUGACUGGCCUUGCCAUCCACGCCAUUGUCGUGCUGCCCACGCUCUACUUCCUCGUCACACGCAAAAACCCCCUUGUGUUCAUCGGCGGUCUGCUGCAGGCCCUGAUCACGGCCCUCGGCACGUCAUCUAGUUCUGCCACACUGCCCAUUACCUUCAAGUGUCUGGAGGAGAACAACGGCGUCGACAAGCGGGUGACACGCUUUGUGCUGCCGGUGGGGGCAACCAUCAACAUGGACGGCACAGCCUUAUACGAGGCUCUGGCGGCUCUCUUCAUUGCCCAGGUCAACAAUAUGGAUAUGAACUUUGGCCAGAUUCUCACCAUCAGCAUCACAGCCACGGCCGCCAGUAUUGGCGCAGCUGGAAUCCCCCAGGCUGGUCUGGUCACCAUGGUGAUUGUGCUGACUUCUGUAGGACUGCCUACUGAUGACAUCAGCCUGAUCAUUGCCGUGGACUGGUUUCUUGACCGACUGCGCACUACCACCAAUGUGCUUGGAGAUUCCAUUGGGGCGGGGAUUGUGGAGCACCUAUCCCGACACGAGCUGCAAAUUAAGGAUGCAGAGAUGGGCAACUCGGUAGUGGAGGAGAAAGAGACCAACAAGUCCUACCAGCUCAUCCCUCAAGAGACUGACUGUGGCAAAGAGAAGAUACCAGAUAGUGAAACUAACAUGUAGGGGAGAUUCAUACCGUUUUUGGACACUGGUGUCAUUGUUUUUGUACAGAAAAGGAGAGUUGCUGUACAGAUCUGGGAUGUUUCCCAAAUUGUCAGAAUAAUAAUAAUAAACUCUGACCUUUCAAAGGUCAGGGUAAAGACAAAGCUGUUUCAUGAAUAGGUUCAAGCUAGUGGCAAAACAAGACACCAGCCUGUGUACAGUUUUUUUUAAUCAUUCAAUCAUGGAUCAAUUUUGUAUUUUUUGUUGAAUAUUUAAUUGGAUCUUUUUUUCCAGAAUUACGAGCAGAAAUGCUGUUAUGGUAGCCUUUUAUUCUGUGUGUCUGUUUUACAUUUUUUCAAUUGUCAACUGGAAACAUUGGUGAAUAACUUUUGUGAGUAAGUGUUGCAUCAGUUGCGAUCAGUGUCAGUUAUGAAAGCUGGGCAGCCCUAUUAGAGUGCUGUAACCACAGGGAUUAGAACAGGCUAUUCUCUCGGGGGUAAACAGUACUACAGAGGACUUCGGGAUGUUGAUUGGCUAUUCAGAACAGCACUGUAGCUGGGAUACUCUAAAAUAUUUGUCAUUUGGGGAGAAAUGAAAUUGAAGAUACCAGUUACAUGUCAGCAUCUGUCAACUUGCUCCAAUUUAGCUACAUUUAUUAAUACCAAAUUGCCAAAUUACAACUUUGUUUUUUUACCUAGGUUAGUGUUCAUCUUUGUGAUUACAGUUAAGGGAAAGUGAGCUAAACCUGUUUAAAGUAUGUAAGGGUAAUAAUGUGCUGUGAUACUUUUAUUUUAGUAGGACAUAGAAACAGACAAGAAUUAGAGAAACAGUACAUUUUCAUGACAAAUAAGGCGUUAUAGCACACAGGAUAUGUGCAUGUCAGAUGUCAAGCUGCAUGGAUCUCUAAAACAGUUGGCAAUACAAGUACAUGUGACUGUAUGUGACUUGUCAGUAAUGGCUUUUUAACAUUUAUUUCUAGACAGCUAACAAAUGUAAGUUUCUAUUAAAUGUCUUGAACUGAGGCUGACAUUUCCUGUAGGUACAGACUAAGGGAGAGAGAGAAAAAUGUGGACUUUUGCUUUCCACUUGUAAUAAACUUGAUGUGAACCACAAUGGUUCGGCUGAAUUCAAGCCUACCUGCAAACCUUUUUCACAAUUGGUGAAGAGGUGUUGUUGAAAUUGUACAGCAAAUAAAAGCCCCUCUUUUA